AACCAACGGAGUGAAGACUCUUUCGCCGUUCAAUAUGUGAAUUCACCAGGUCUUGAGUAGAUCAAAAUGCAGGGUUCGACUGCACAUUUGUGCAGUGUGUAAAUCGAUAAUCUACUUGUGGUAAAUUGUUCUUGGAUAGAUUUAAGAUAUUUUGUGUAAAACUUCGUAUGAUAAUAGUGACAGAAUAAUAUUGGGCAAUAUGACGGGACGAGAUCACAGUAAGGCAAAACUGUCCAAAGGAAUUUUGGAAAUGAAGUUUAUGAAGAGAACUAAAGAAAAAGUGGAAAAACAACAAUUUCAAGAAGAAGGAGAAGAAUAUUUUGAGAACUUGUUGACAACUCGUAUGAAAUCAGAAAAGGAUAAAUUUAUAAUAGAGCCAAGCUUCACAUACUGCGAAAAGUUAAUCGAUGGUCGGCUGAGCUUUCAAGGUAUGAAUCCAGAUAUUGAAAGAUUAAUGGAAAUUGAAAAUGAAAGCAAACGAGUGAUGCUUGAGAAGAAAAAGGAGACAGAUAUUUCUGAUGAGCAAAUGGCAAGACAUAUAUCUCGUGGUGUUAAUCCAUUAUCGCGACAUCGUAAAGAGAAAAAGUAUAUAAGAAGAGUACAGGUCGAGGAUGAAGAACCUAUACCAAAAAAACCAAAAUUUUUAAAACCUGUUGAUUAAUUCAUAUGUUCAAAAAUAAAAAAUCUAUUUUAUACAAUCA